CAAAACAAUGGCCGAAAUAUUGCCUUGCAUUUUACCUUCACUACUGUUUUUAAGUGUGUAAUUCGUAACGCAUUGUUUAGUGUCGGAAAGUCUUAGUAGAAUGGACAGAUGAUUUAAUAGCUGUAGUUUGUGACUGAGCUGCCAGCGGCCAGGCCCACCUUUCGCUGCCAAAAUGAGUGAUGUUGUGGAGAAAACACUGACAGCUCUGCCGAGCCUCCUGUCUUUAGACUCUCAGCCUGGAUCCGCAAAACUGUCCUCCACCUCGAAACUGGGAAACCUCAUUAGAGGAAUCACGGAGUUAACGUCCAAACAUGAAGAAGAGAAACUUAUACAACGUGAGCUAACAUCAAUCAAAGAUCAAGUGUCUUCCCCAAACACCUCCAUGAGGCAGAUGAAGGAGCUGAUGGUGAGAGCAAUCUACUGUGAAAUGCUGGGCUAUGAGGCUUCAUUCAGCUAUAUUCAUGCCAUCAAACUGGCUCAACAAGGCAGUGUUUUGGAUAAAAGAGUUGGUUAUCUGGCUGUGUCACUGUUUCUGAAUGAAAGUCAUGAGCUACUGCUUCUCCUUGUCAACACUGUACUGAAGGAUCUUCAGAGUACUAACCUUAUUGAGGUGUGUAUGGCUCUGACUGUUGUCAGUCAGAUGUUUCCCAAAGACAUGAUCCCUGCAAUCCUUCCUCUAGUUGAGGACAAACUCAAUCAUCCAAAAGAAAUAAUACGACGAAAAGCUGUUUUGGCCCUGUACAAAUUCUACCUGAUAGCACCAAAUCAAGUUCAGCACAUCCACAACAAGUUUCGCAAAGCUUUGUGUGACAAGGAUCCUGGUGUUAUGACAGCCUCGCUACACAUUUACUUACAGCUGAUCAAGGAGAAUUCAGAAGGCUAUAAAGACCUGACGGCGAGUUUUGUCACCAUAUUGAAGCAGGUGGUUGGAGGAAAACUGCCCAUGGACUUUAACUAUCACAGUGUUCCUGCUCCCUGGCUGCAGAUUCAGCUUCUCAGAAUACUGUCAUUACUUGGGAAAAAUGACCAGAGCACAAGUGAAAUCAUGUAUGAAGUCCUCGAUGAGUCGUUAAGAAGAGCAGAGAUGAACCAUAAUAUCACCUAUGCCAUAUUAUAUGAGUGUGUGAAAUGCAUUUACACAAUUCAGCCUAAAUCUGAACUAUUGGAGAAGGCUGCAAAGUGUAUUGGAAAUUUUGUUCUGUCACCGAAGAUUAACCUCAAAUAUCUAGGCUUAAAGGCCCUCACAUACGUGGUCCAGCAGGAUCCUAAACUGGCCCUGCAGCAUCAAAUGACCAUCAUAGAAUGUCUGGAUCACCCUGAUCUCAUCAUCAAGCGUGAGACACUGGAGUUGCUCUUUCGGAUCACUAACGGCCAAAAUGUCACAGUCAUUGUUGAGAAGAUGCUGGAUUUUUUGCGCAUCAGCAAAGAUGACUACACAACUAUUGACUUGGUUGGAAAGGUGGCAGAACUGGCAGAAAAAUAUGCUCCUGACAAUGAAUGGUUCAUUGAGACCAUGAACACAGUGUUUUCACUGGGUGGAGACAUGAUGCAGCCUGACAUCCCAAACAGUUUCCUUAAGCUGCUUUCUGAGGGGUUUGACAGCGAUGAGGAGGACAGGAAGUUACGGCUCUUUGCUGUAGAUUCAUAUGUUUCUCUGCUUCAAAGUGAACCCAACAAACUGCCCCAGCGCUUCCUUCAAGUCAUCAGCUGGGUCCUUGGUGAAUAUUCCCAUUUGAGUGCAGAACUUGAACCAGCCACAGUUAUGACACUUCUGUCUAAGCUGCUGGACCUGAAGCACACGAGCAGUGAAACCAAGAGCUGGGUCCUCAUGGCCAUGACAAAGCUCUGUGAAGGAGGGGUCGCUAUCUCUGUGGCCCAGGACAUUUAUGAAACACACAGUAGCUCCAUGGACACGGUGCUGAGACAGAGGGCACAGGAGCUGCAGCACCUGAGCCAAGACUCUGAGCUGCGAGGCAGGGUGUUGCCACGAGAUGCCGGACUGAUGCCUCUGGAGGUGGAUUCCUCUCUGUCAUUUCUGGAUGGAUUUGUGUCAGAGGCGUUGGCUGCUGGUGCUGCUCCAUACAAGCCUCCACAUCAGCGCCAAGAGGAGCUGGCUCAAGCAAAAGCUCUGAGCCUUGAGCCAUACAGCCUUUCCCUGCCCAUCAGCAUGUCAUCCUGCAGCAUCGCUGACAGGCAGUCACCUACGCUGAUGUCCAUGAGCUCUGGUCUGUCAGGAGAUAGCACCGACCUCUCACAUAAAGGAGGCUCUACAACCUUAAAGCUGGAUGGAGUGAAGAGGGUCUGGGGGAGGGAGGGGUAUUUAGCACAGAGGGAACCUGUUGAGGAAACUGCUCAGGUGGAGGUUCCCAGUCCACUCCGUUCACCCAGCCAACAGGCAGAGGCUGACAGCACUCAAAGCCAGACGCCCACUCCCACAGUGACCCCUGAACUCGAGCAAGACAAACAGCAGCUGGCGUCUUCCCUGUUUGUCGGCCUCGGUUCCCAAAGUUCUGUGUGUCUGAUGGGAAAAUCUGACCCAACACCACAGAGAUUCAGAAGAAAAGCCCAAGGUCGGGCCUCGUCCUCAGGUGCCAGUGAGAAAACACCCACCUCCCUUGGCUCCACACCCAGCCCUGUAGAUAACUUACUUUGUAACAGCCUAUUGGACUCAAACCUCGUUUCCGAACCAACCAACCAGACUCCUCAAGCAUCUCAGAGCCUCGAUACUACCAAUGGAAACUGUCACGAAGAGUUAACUGAUGUAAAGGAAAAUAACCCCUCUCUCAUCCACAAUAAUGAAGAACCAGACAAACCUAAAGAUUUGUGUCUCAGUUCACAUCUUCCCACAGAACUCUCUGGACUCUCCCACUCAGAAAUCACUCCUCUGUGCUCUAACCAAAGUGUGAAUCUGUCAGCCUGUCAUGUACAGAAAGAGGACUCUUUACAGUUAGUCAUUUUCAUUUUCAACUCCUCUGACUCUGCCCUUCAGCAGAUGCAGCUUCAGGUUGACUCUGGGGAACUGAAGCUAUCUUUAAUAACUGACAGUCCAGUAGAGGAGGUGAGAAGCCACAGUGUAGCAGUGUGUCACUAUUCUGUGACUGUGAAGAGGCCUUCAGUUCAUGUGGAAGUUCUCGGGAUGCUGUCCUACCAGCUGCCCGGUGGAACUCCUCAGACAAUUCAAUUCUCACACAAACUCCCACUAACCACCUUCAUCAGACCGCUGACAUUGUCAACAGAAGAGUACGGGUCGAUGUGGUUGGCUUUUUCUCAGGACACGAAACAGAACCUGACGCUGAUCAAUGAUGACCAAGACCCUCUUACAACCACGCUGAAUGUCCUGAAGAAGAAACUUCAGCUUCAUGUUGUGGAAAUCAUAGGUGUGGAAGGUAUCGUGGCAUGCCAGCUGGUCCAGGAUCAGCCAUGUCUGAUGCACUGUCGUGUGCACGCCGGCACGCUGGCUGUGUGGCUGCGCUCUCCAGUUCCUGACCUGCCUGAUUGCCUGUUAUACCACUGUCAGAGGGCUUUACAGGAGCACUGAUACCCACAUACAACACCUCCACCUGCUCCACAACGACCUGACUGACUCAAGCACUGCAGAAGAAGACAUGGAUAGUGGUGGGCAGAGUAGAGAAGGCAACAGAGCAGUCCUUCAUCACGUUUUACUUUGCAGGAUUUGGUUUUAUGUCCAUAUAUUGUUGAUUUUUAAGUCAAAUUGUUCAGACAUUUUGAAGGUUUACAGUUUACUAUGCGUAAUGGUGUGGUAAUAACCUCAGGGCCUAAAGGUUGUAUGGUUCUGUGGAAGUUUGAUAUUUCAGAAUAACUUAAACAAAUAUGUCUUAAAGGAAUGAAAUGGAAUUAUGACUUUUGGAGCUUUGCAUUUUGAUGAAUUUAAUACUUUGUAUGAUUUAAUCUGAGAGCAGAAAAACAUGAAUCUACACAUUUUGUUCCAGUUAAUAGUCAUGUGUGUUCCACUACAACACCUCCACUGACACAACUAGACCACCGUCAUCCUCAUCUACUGUAGUUUUUUUGGUUCUCUUUUUCACUGAAGCACUGCCGUGACAGCAAACCCCAUUUUGAGUUAAAUGUUUAGACAAGGGUUAACAUCUUAAAAUUAUCAACUGAUCCCAUCUUACGUUUGUUUUCUUUAAAUCAUCCAAAUUGAUGAUCAGUUGAUAUUACAAGCAAACAUAAUUUAACAUUGUGUACCCAGUGUGUGACUUGCAUUGGUUCAUUUGUGUCUGAUUUCACACAUUUGGUAGAUUU